ACAGCUGAGAUGACCACAGAAUGCAUGGAACCUCUCGGGGGCCAGUUCAACUUUCCUGGAAGCAACUCAGCGAUUGUUUGUAACGUCUCCCUAAGGAGCGGGGACAUUGCGAUUGGAAAAUGUGCUUUGAUUUUGAUUUGGGCGCGGGAAUCUGCCGCUCUGGAUCUCUGAAAGCAUGGGGGCCAAACCGUCGAAGGACUUUGCAAACGAGGACGUGAGGAGGACGACGAAAAGGAUUGCGGGGGGCAGGGAGGGGAAUUUCUCCUCGAUCCGAAAGCACGCCACCACACACUUUGGGUACAGCAUCCUGAGCCUGGCCAUGCGUGGGCUGGCCAAGGCUCCGGAUGAGCUGUGGGAGAUGACGGAGCUGGAGAAGCUCAACCUGUCCCUCAACUGCCUGUCGGCCCUGCCGGCCAGCGUCAGCGCCCUGGAGAACCUGGUGGUGCUCAACCUGUGGGGGAACCAGCUGGCCAGCCUGCCGCCCGAGAUCGGGCUGCUCAAGAACCUGCGGGUGCUGUUCGCUUACCGCAACCGUCUGAGCGAGGUGCCCGCGGAGCUGAGCGCUUGCACCAAGCUGGAGGUCCUCAGCCUCGCCAACAACGAGAUCACAGGCCUCCCCGGGAGCCUGGCGGCCUUACGGCAGCUCAGUAAGCUCAACCUCAGCCACAACCGCAUGGCGCACAUCCCCGGCUGCAUCUAUGGCAUGAGGGGCCUGGUCUUCCUGCACCUGGCCUGUAACCGCCUGGAGAACAUCGCCGACCAGAUCCAGGACCUGGUCAACCUCAAGAUCCUCAUCGUGGAGGGCAACCACAUCCAGGCCCUGCCCAAGACCCUCUGCUCCCUCACUUCGCUCGAGCUGCUCAACGUGGACUUCAACGAGCUCCAGAACCUUCCGGUGGAGAUGUACCUGCUAAGGAGGCUGGAGAAGCUGGCAAGCCACCCCAUGGACAAGGGGCUGCACAUAGUACAUAACCCCCUGCUGAAGCCCAUUAAGGAAGUCCUCCAUGGGGGACUCAGCGCUCUCUACUCUUAUCUGAAGCCAGCAUGAAGCCAGGCUCCAAAAUACAGGCUUCACAUUUUCAUAAGCGUGUCAUCAUUAUGAGACCAGGACUGUGGAUCUCUCAGAAGACUGUGGUAAUUUACAUAACGACAUGCUGUAUGCUCUUUCUAUUUUAUUGAGAAAACUUUUGAUCUGUCUUAUACUUUUGGUUGGUUUGAAGGAACAAUGAGAAUAUAACUUGACAGUAAAAUCUAUUUCACUUUCAUGAACACUCCAUAUCAGAUACAUAUGGAAAUAAUGGAUUUGAUUUGAUAAUUUCAUUCUGUUUUAAUGCUUUAAGUGGUUCCAGGCUUCCAUUAAAUGAAGAAAGAAUCAAUUGAUUCAUAAAAUUGUCAAGAUCUGAAUUAGUUGUAUGCACUGUAUGUGGUGUAUUCUAAGACAAAUAUACGUACAAGCAGGAUUUUCAAAUAUGUAUUAAAAUAUUGGUAUGAACACUCAGAAAACACACAGGAUCGGAUUCAAAUGAAUGAAAAUCUCUCUCUCUCUCUCUCUGU